UCAUUCAAAUCAUCUCUGAUAUCUUCUUCUCCAUAGAGAAAAAUCAGCAAGCAACAUCACCAUGUCUGGAAGAGGUAAAGGAGGAAAGGGUUUAGGAAAGGGUGGUGCCAAGCGUCACCGUAAGGUUCUGAGGGACAAUAUCCAAGGAAUUACAAAGCCUGCUAUUCGCCGUCUUGCAAGACGCGGUGGUGUGAAGCGUAUCAGUGGCUUAAUCUAUGAAGAAACUCGCGGUGUUCUGAAGAUCUUUCUUGAGAAUGUUAUUCGUGAUGCGGUUACCUACACUGAGCAUGCUCGCCGUAAGACUGUUACUGCAAUGGAUGUUGUUUACGCUCUCAAGAGACAGGGGAGGACACUUUAUGGAUUUGGGGGUUAGGGUUAGGGUUAAGGUCAUUUUCUUGUGUUGUAACUCUUUGUUUUAUAUCAAUUAUGUAAUGAAAUCAGAGCUUUGUAGAAUCUAUUCUGUAUCUAUUCGCUUCAUAGUUUGUCUUCUUACAUAGGGAUAAUACAUGAAGUGAAGGUGUUUGUUAAUUUGUUAGAUACCUUUGAUUGGCCACUCGAGGCUAAGAUAAUGGGAAUGAUAGCAAUUGAAGUUGCAAAGGUCAUUGUUGAACAGAGUGGAAUCAGUGAUUCAUUUAGUACUGAGGAAUUUCUUCUAGAAAGAGAAGAGAAGCUCAGGAGUUUGUUUCCAAUGAAUGUGCUUUUGCCAAGUAUAUAUGGAAUUAUGGAUUAAUGUA